AUGGCUGCUAUUGGAGAAACCGUCUUACUUACAGGUGCUAAUGGGUUCAUUGCUCUACACAUCUUGGGGAAACUUUUGGAAAGAGGUUACAAAGUUAUUGGGACUGUUAGAUCUCAAGAGAAAGCUGAUGCUUUAUACAAGAAGUUCGAAACUGAUCAUUCAGAUCCAAACUUGAAGCUGGUUGUUGUGGAAGAUCUUACUGCAGCAGAGAUCAAAUAUGUCUUGCAUACGGCUUCGCCAUUCAAGUAUGGGUUCACAGAUAACUAUGAUGAGGGUUACAGAAAACCAGCUGUUCAAGGUACUCUUGAAGUUUUACAUUCAAUUCAUAAAUAUGGUCAUAAAGUUGUUACCGUUGUUGUUACUUCAUCUUUUGCUGCAAUCAAACAUACUGACAAGCUUAAAGACCCUACAUUUAUUCAUAAUGAAAAUGUCUGGAAUCCAGAUGAGUGGGACAAUGCCAAAACUGAGAACCAAGCAUAUUCACUUUCAAAAAAACUAGCUGAAAAAGCUGCUUGGGAUUUCAUUAAGAAAAAUGAUGUCAAAUUCCAUUUGGACACAAUUACUCCACCAUUUGUGUUUGGACCUCAAUAUUUCUCCCAGGAUGCAGCUAAUGAUGAAUUGAAUACUUCAAAUCAAAUUAUUGUUGAUCUAUUGAAAUCUGAUCCAAAGGAUACCAAAUUUUUCGAUGGACAUACACUUGCUGCUGUUGAUGUUCGAGAUGUUGCUGAAUUUCACAUCCUGGCAUUUGAAAGGGGAAUUAAAAACCACAGAUUAUUCCCAUCAGGUGUACCAAUUAAUGAUCAAAAGAUUUUGAAUAUUAUCAAUGAAUACAUACCUCAAUUGAAUGGGAAAGUUGCCAAAGGUAAUCCCGAAAAGGCAUAUACCGUACCAGGUGUUGGUCUUAGUUCAGAUACAUCAAAGAUGUUACUUGGGGGGGUAUGA